GGCUUUGCGAGGUAUAUCUACGACUUUAGUCAACUGUAAUAUUUUUGUGCUCAGGUGACACAAUGUCAAAGUAGCAAAUAUGUGGUGUAUUUGUACGAUAAAUCGUUUAGUGACAUAUCUAGUUUCUUUUCAGUUUAUGUAGAUUGUUUUAUUUGGAAUGACUUAAGUUAAGAAUCGAAUUGUUUGUAGUUGCUGUAAUGGCGGCCAUGUCAUGAAGAUACCAAGUCAGUGCGGUGGGCCUACAAUGGAAGAUAGUUCUCCAUCACAAAAUCAUAACGGACAAAUUGGACCUUCUGGUGGAGGAGUGAAUGUAGGAAAUAAACAAAAUGAAGACGGAAGUCAGAAAGUUCAGUAUUCCAUACCCGGAAUCCUGCAUUUCAUUCAGCACGAGUGGGCAAGGUUUGAGAUGGAAAGAUCGCAAUGGGAAGUUGAUAGGGCAGAAUUGCAGGCGAGAAUAGCUUUCCUUCAAGGAGAAAGAAAGGGUCAAGAAAAUCUCAAAAAUGAUUUGGUUAGACGAAUAAAAAUGUUAGAAUAUGCGUUAAAACAAGAGCGAGCAAAAUACCACAAGUUGAAAUAUGGUACAGAGUUACAACAGGGAGAUAUGAAACCUCCCAUAUUUGACGAACCAGGUGGGCCUGAAGCUCCAGUAGAUGGAGAAGCAGCUUUCACAUCAGUGAGCAACGUUAGCUGGAAACAAGGCAGGCAGUUGCUGCGACAGUACCUGCAAGAGAUUGGCUACACGGAUACGAUAAUCGAUGUGCGCAAGAACAGUGUGCGCUCUUUGCUGGGUCUCAACAACAACGCAGAGGGUGAAGAGAAUCUGAACAAUGCCUCCGUGGUGGCGGCUCUGAACGGCAACGAGUCAUCAAACAAGCGGGCCAGUGAAACUCAAGGCAGGCGGACACCUGCAAAGAAGCCCCAGCCGUCGUCGCUCGCGGAAGCCAUGAUCCUGGAGACGGAGGCUGCAGUGAUGGCCAACUUCGAGUUCCUCGCGCAGGCAGACGUUGACAUGGACGAAGACGACUACAUGAACGAUGACUUGGACGAUGUGCAGGAAUUGGACGACCAGGACGACGUGAAGAGCGGCAAGCGCAAAGGAAAGGGCCUACUGCUGAACGAGGGCCUUGCGGACGACGUGGACGCUGAGGCGGAGGAAGUGCUGAACGAGCUGACUCUCUUGACGGAAACUGAGGAGUCUGGGGCAGACAUCCACGCCCAGGGCGACCCCACCGACUGGGGAAGCACCGGGCUGGCGUUCCAGUCGGGGGCGGGCCACCGACGGCAGAUCGGGGGCCUGGGGGACGAGGAGGGUCUGGACUCGAGCCUGGGUCUGGGCGAGCUGGCCCAGCUCACCGUGAACAACGAGGCGGAGGCUGUGUAUGAUCAGAUAGCCACUACGAAAGAGUCGUAUCGGAAGACGUGGAAUGCGAAGUACACCCUCCGAAGUCACUUUGAUGGGGUGCGUGCCCUCGCGUUCCACCCUGUCGAGCCUGUGUUGAUCACGGCCAGCGAAGACCACACGCUCAAGCUGUGGAACUUGCAGAAAACCGUACCUGCCAAAAAGUCGGCCUCCCUUGAUGUGGAGCCGCUGUACACGUUUCGACGGCACACCAGCGCCGUGCUGUGCCUGGCCAUGAGCGCGACCGGCGAGCAGUGCUACUCGGGGGGCCUGGACGGCCACAUAUACUGCUGGAACCUGCCCUGCGCCAACAUCGACCCCUACGACUCCUUCGACCCGGGCGUGCUGACGGGCAGCAUGGACGGCCACACGGACGCCGUGUGGGGCCUCAGCAUACACUCCCAGCGGCUGCAGCUGCUGUCGUGCUCGCCCGACGGCACGGUCAAGCUGUGGUCGCCGACCAGCAAGGUGCCUCUGCUCACCAGCUACGCCUCGGAGCCGGAUGGCUUGCCCACUUCCGUGGACUUCGUGCGUGAUGAGCCUAACAGGAUGGUAACUGCAUACAACUCCGGGCACUGCCUCGUGUAUGACCUGGAAACAGCUAAGCCAGUCGUCAGGCUAGAAACCAGUCAGGAGAUGGACAACAACGUGCUGGGGCGGCAGAUAAACUGCGUGGUGGCCCACCCCACGCUGCCCGUCACGGUGACUGCCCACGAGGACCGCCACAUCCGCUUCUUCGACAACACCACGGGCAAGCUGGUGCACAGCAUGGUGGCGCACCUGGACUCCGUCACCAGCCUGGCCGUUGACCCCAACGGGCUGUACCUGCUCUCCGGCAGUCACGACUGCAGCAUCCGACUGUGGAACCUGGACAACAAGACGUGCGUGCAGGAGAUCACGGCGCACAGGAAGAAGUUCGACGAGAGCAUCUUCGACGUGGCGUUCCACCCGUCGCGGCCGUACAUCGCCAGCGCCGGCGCCGACGCCCUGGCGAAGGUGUUUGUGUGAGCGCGCCGCCGCGCAGCUGCAGCGAGGUCUGGCUGUCGAGGGUAUCUCCCAGAGCCGUGCGACGCGGGCAUCCGGCGAGUUGGUCCCGGACUGUGAGCGCUUUGUUCCCCCGGCCUGGAGGGUGGGGGGGGGACGGUCACCUGUGGCUUCCGCGCAGUUGGAGCACCGCACGUCACGAGUAGCGAGAAACAGUCCUGUCCAUUUUCACUCCCCCGCUCUAACACAGGUGCUGUCCACACCUUUUCUGGCUAGUUGUCACAUGGUCCAUUUUAUCUAAUUUCCAAGUUUUUUUUUUCUCAAUAAAAAUCUGUAUUUUAGUGUGUGAGAAAAUGGACAUGGCUGUUAAAUAAUCUAGUGUUUGUGUAAAUAUAUCCCACAAAAUCCGAACUGUUAAAAAUUGCCCCCGAUCGAUGCAUAGUACUGCAAUUUAAAUAGGUUCGCUCUGUUCUUUGAACCAUUUGCAAUAAAUAAUAGCUUCCAUGUCUGUCAGAUUAAUUUAUUACUGCCACAUGAAGAAUCGACUAUGUGUUUUUCUGGUUUACGCCCCUGAAUUGAUGAACUUCUGCUGCAAGUUUUCGUGGAUAAGUAAACCUCAUUAGAAGUAUUAUGCUGUCCAUUUCGCCUGCGGUGAGUUACAAGGGUUCGUUUCUCCUGCGACUGAUGUUUGCAUAGAAGUGUUUGUCAUUUUGUCUGUUAUGGAUUGUAUUCUUACGUUGUGAAAGCAAAAUAUUAAAAAUGCUUUAAGAAAGUGUACAUUUUAAAAGAGAGAGAGUGUGGGUGCUGAUCGUAUGUAUGUAUACGUGUGGGUGGAGAAGUUGUGUUCGUUAAUCCAUUCGUGGCUCGGGCAACGUUCAAGAGCCGUGUUACUGCCAUCUGUUUCGACUGCAGUGAGAAUAUUUGCUUGCAAAUGUCGGUCAUCAGCACAGGGCAGUAAAACCAUGAGGGCUGCCCUGCUGACCACACAGUAUAGUUGGGUCGGUCGGAAGUGAAUUGCAACCAUUCGGGACAUGUAACAGUUGUGAGUUAGAUAACAGUAUGAUAAUUUUAUGAGUUUUAAGUUAUUUGCUACAAUAUAUCAUAUGUAUUUUUCUAUAUAUAUAUUAAAUAAUAACACAGUCUUAGAAUGGUGAAAUGUUACCACGUAAGGUCUAAAAAAUUUUAUAAGUGGUUCAUUUUGUAAGUUACGAUGAAUUUUUGGUGGAAAGACAUCUUAAGAUUUUUUUUUUUAAAUUGUGAAUCAGUAUUUAAUAACCUUAAUACCCACAAUUGUGUGUUUUAUUUUUUGUUUGACUGUUAAAUACGUGUAUUUGGGGACAGUAAAACUGGCUGAAACUGUGAGUUCACAAACAUCUAUUCUUUGGAAAGUGUAGUUGGUGGUUGCAAAAACAUUCAUUGUUAUUAUUCCACCAUUAUAUAUAUAUAUAUAUAUAUAUUUUUUUUUUUUUGGCUACAACUUGACAGAUUGCUAAUGAAAAGACUGCAUGCCAGUUAAGUGCCUUGCACAUAGAGGCAAAGAUGCAUUUACUGUGUUACUUAGUGUUUGCCCUUGCCACACACCCAGGCUUUUAGACAUACAUCAUACCAGGUCAGGUUGUUUUGGUAAUAGCUCAUUAACACUACAUGUAAUGUAAUUUUUAUGGAGAUAAGUGUAGAGUUUUAACAAACUAUUAACUAUAAAUUUUGUUUUUUUACGUACAGCAAAAAUCCUGUUAGAAACCCACUUAAGAAUAUUUCCUGCAAAUAAUUUUUAAAAAAAUUUGGCACUUGUCCUAUUAAUACAUUCAAUUUUAAUUUCACCCUUUUAAUAAGUUUUCUGCUAUUAAGUAUAAUUUUCUAAUUACCUUGAGAAACUUAUUAACAGGGAUUUACCAAGCGAGAUGAAUGCUUUGGGCAUCCUCAUGCUUGCCUUUGGACUUGAAAUCAACCUGAAGAUUGGAGAGAGUCCUGAAAAAUUGAUUUAACUGUUGUGCAAAAACAUCUGGCCAUUUUUAGAAAUUCAUGUGAGUAAAAUCUCAGAAAAUAUCUUCAGCUGUUGCCUUCAAAAUUCACCUGAUGCGUAAACUGAAAUCCACAAAGCAAUUGAAGCACAGAAUUUGUCUUUUAGAUUUUGGGACAUUAAAAGUAGACUGGGCAAACCCCACUCCGUUGUCUGUGUCCAAUGAUCUCACCACCAGUGAGAUAUGAAAUCUAUUAAAACUGAGAGAACAUUCUUGUGAUAAAUCACACGCAUUUUCAUUCAUACCACCACUGUUUGCUAUGGGUUUUGGGCUAUGAUUGUUUAUAAAAUGAGGCCAGAAAAACAGUAAAUUCACUAAACAUUAUGAAAAUGGUAUUUGUAUGAUUGUAAUUUGAUCGUGUGCAUACAGAUUUACAGCAGACUCACUGCCUCAAACACUGAAAUAAAAUCUCUUGUAGAUGGCAAGAAAUAUUUUCUGUCCAUCUCAUGUUAAAUACUGACUGAAAGAAGUGGCAUCAUCAAGUCUCAGACUCAUGGGAAGGUGAUGGUAAAUUCAUUAAAAAAAAAAGAUAGACAUGUUUCAGUUACUGUGUUCCAUUCAAAGUAAGUGCAAUUUUUUUUUGCUCUUACUGUGAGUGAAAGAUAUCUGUGAUUGCUUUAAAUACAUGGUGACGUUAUCAUAAAUUAAAAUCUUGUAUGCUGUAUGAGAGACUAUUAUAACAAAGUUAAUUGCUUUUACUCAUAUUUUAUUAGAAGAGUUCCUUAAAAAUAAUGGGGAAUAGGUUGUGCAUCUACACACUAUAUAAUGUAUGUAGUUUUUUUUACCCGCUAAUGUUUUAGUAGGUUUAUUGCUGUAGGUCAUUAGUUAUUACUAUUUCAUGUUUUUUCUACUACAUAUUUAUACAUAAUAUGCUAUCUUAUUUAUAUGUUAAAAAUGGUUUUAUCAAUACAGGUAUUCUUGGAACUAAACUAAAUGAAAUCUGGGUGUUUUCCGUGUGAUGUAUUAAACUCAUAAUUAGUGCAGUACUGUGAUCGAACCUGUAUCCCAAUAUGUUGCAAGUCCUCCCAAAAUCAAAACAGGAGCCAAGAGAACAACUUAAGAUACCGUAUGCUGGAAUAGGGAGCUGGGAGGAAAACCUGGUGCGCAUUAGAACAAAUAAUCAUUCAGGGAUCACACUUUAAUAUUCUUUUUUAUUCUCGUAGCAAACAAAGAGUAUUCAAUUUUAUAGAGCUGUAAGAAAGGUGCUCAAGCCGACUAAGUGUUAUGAAAUGCUCUGUAAAUGAUAUUCAGGCACAAUAGAAAUAACAAAUAAGGCACAGGUAUGUUAUACUCUGUAAACAGUGCUAGUAUAAAAUAAAAGACAAGGAGAUCAAAAUUAUGGUCCAGAGGGCAGAACAUGCAAGGACUAGAAUACAAGGUUAAUACAAGAUUUAAGUUAACACAGAAAUCUACAACAUUGGUUAUACGACCGUCUCAGCUGCUUAGGGAAAAAGAUACUGAUCAUAUACUCAAAUGUUACCAAGUGCUAAGACAUACAUAAUCAGGAUCCCUCAACAGUAAUGUGCCUCAGUGGCAAAAGACAUGCACAGUAUCUUAUCAUCAAACCAGGGAAAAAAAAUCUGUAACAAUAAUACAUAAUGUGCUUCUCUGGGCCUGAAAAACUUGACAAGAACCUAACUGACUAGCAAUAAAACCAAACCAAAUUUGGAGGGUGGCUGGCAAAACACAUAAUUUGGACAAAAGCGACUACUAAAAUGGCAUGGCCGCUGCAUGCUGCCUUACAUCACAAGCUAAAGAUAAGUUUUUGGCAUGCCUCACCUCAGAACACGAACGCCACAGCAAGGAAAUAUGUUAAUGCCACUAAAUGAGCCACAGGAAUGAGACUGAGCCAAGUGACCCAGGUUAUUUAAGCACUAAAGACAUAACUAGCACACAUGUGCAAACCACAGAAAUAAACAAGGGGAAGGUGGGCAAAAGACAACGAAGUAGGAGACUGCAAGCGGGUUGGAGGGGAUAGAGGAGGAUUUACACGGAGAACGCAAAUGCACCAAGGAAAAGUCUAUGUAACUUCUAUUCUUCUACGAUGACCCUGUGAAAAUUCAUGACAUGAUGCCGUUGAUUUGGUGAGUGUCUCUGCCAGCCAGCUCAUUUACUUUUUUCGUGUUUGCAGGAUUCUAUUGAGUAAUACAGAAAAUUUAAGUUGAAGUUUUCUCAAGAUUGACUAAAAUUGAAUUGGUAAUUUAACUUAUUUCUUACAUGGAUGUUCAUAUUUUUAUUUAAGUAUAGUGAUUAUUCGAAGCCAUUUAUGAACUAAUAAAAUAAAACGGCCUGGUUUCUCUAUAAAUAUUGUGUAAAUUAAUGUUUUUCUGUUGCAAUAGCGAAGGCAGUGGCUCGGGUAGGGUUUCUGCUUGUCUGGCAAACCGGGAAAAUUAAGGAAAUUUUGGGAGCGUCGGGUGUACAUCACAAUAUUUCAUUUUGUUACUGGGAAACUGGAAACUUUGAAUUAGCCUUGAAUUUUUUUUGGUGCUAGGAAAUCUGUGAGAAACGCGUGAGUUCAUCUAAGCCAUCAGGAAUUGUCUGUGGAAAGUUGAAAACUGCACACUGUGCCAUUGCUGUAACUGCAUAUCUUAUACCAUUUUUGAGCACCGUUUACAGCUUAGUUGAAAAAACUACACAUUGUGCCUUCAAACUGCGUCACUUAAACAAUUUUUUUUGCUGAUUUUUACGACAUACCCUUUGGUAUCAGACAUGACAUCACGUGUCUCUUCUUUAUUCCUGCAUUUUUAUCAUUCUCCAGUUUUCAUGUGGGGUAAUGACUGCAGACUCAACACAAUUCUAAAAGUACGACAUACUGUAAUAUGUGAUUUGACACGUAAAAACCCCGAGGAAAUCAUUAAUGUAAGACCCUUAAAUAGUUAUACACAGAAAUACUACAAUGUUUAUUAAUGCUGGGGUUAUUUUUUCCUCUUUAUAUCUGCCAUAUAUUUCUAGUCGGUCCUGACUUCUAGUGAGACUGACUUAAACAGAUACACUGGUGAUUGUCUCCGGCAUUAGCAGUAGGCUUACAGUCUAUAACCACACACCACUCGUUUCCAGAUGCCUAUUAAAAAAUGCUCAUCAAAGCAGAAGCAAGAUUUGUGUUUAUUUUUUCUAGUAGAGAACAUUAAUCCUCACCAAGAUGGCUUACAAACUAAUUUCAAAAAAUACCUGUGUUGACUAUGGCAUUUGAAUCAGUGACCACAUGGUUGGAAGUCAGAUGCACUGACUUGUAUAUCACAGGUACUGGCUUUAGUGUGAAAGUGACACCCGUGAACUUGAAACUAUAAAAAUUUUAAUUCUCUGUAGAGUCAAAAUGAUGUAAUUUCAAACCAGAAGUCAAGUGUCUUUAUGUUGGAUGUAAAUUAAUUAUGUUUUUUUUUUGUUAGAAAGAAUGACGUGUAAAAUUUCACGAAAUUUUUUUUCUGUUAUUUAAUUUUUCGCGAUCAAUGCAACAUAAAAAAUUGUCAGGGAAAAUCUGGAAAUUUUGGGGAAAUUAAAAUUUUUUAAAAUAGUGGCAACAUUUUAUUAAGUAACCAAUUGAUGAUGAUGGUAAACUAUUUGUAUUUGUAGGUGGAAGUAUUUUUUUUAGAUGUGUACUGAUGUUUUCUCAGUGGUGGGCCAGUUUCUUAUACUACUUUUCCACUGAGCAACCACUUUUGAAUGCUCGCUAUGGAGUUGCCGAAGCUUGCCGUGUUAUAUCGGGCUAUGUUCAAGUUGUGGUUGGAAAUUACAGCUGUAAGUCUGUUCCAAAUUGUUCUGGUCAGCUGGAAUGAACAGUAGCUACAGAUGUAAGGGAGUGCAGUUCCUGUUUGAAGAUGGGAAACGAAGCUGAAACUACGUUUGUUAUUUAUCAGGCAGCAUAGGGGCUUACCGUGCGGGUUUAAGUGGUCCCGCAGCAUGCAUAACGUGAGCAUUAAAUGAUGGCUAGUGGUGAAUACCAAAAAAAUUAUCUGUUUUCCAAGUCUACCACCGGUUUGGGAGUGUUGUGGGCGAUAGCUGAUAGGUAGUUGCCUUCUGUUUACAAAUGAGUACGUAUUGGGAUAAUGAAUUGAUUCAAAUAUUAAAUAUUUUAUUCUUAUCAGAUGUAUGGAAAUUUGGCUUUUCUUUUGCAAAGUUUGUAAUGACUUUACAGAUCAUGGGCUUAGACUUUUUUUGUAUAGUAUAUAUCUCGAAAAUAAGUUGCUUUCUGUGAAAUGAAGAAAUUUUAUUAAAAAAUAAAAGUUUACUUUAUAUGGUAAUUAUUGGGGGAGGUAAUUUUUAAUUUGUAUCGUGAAUUAGUUAAUUCAUUCUCAAGAGCAUGGACGAAAACUGCUGAGACUCGGUGUGCGUAACGGCAGUGGUACUAAUGAAAAAGUCUAUCCUAACUAAAUAUUGUAGUGUCAUGGAACUGAAGGGUUCUCAUUGACAUUGAUCACUACAAAAUCUUGUGGCAAGAAGACACCCACAGUGCCCUAAAAUGUUAAGUAUGUGCCUAGUCAGAGCAGGGCAGCUGUACUAGAGUGGCAGUGUUAGUAAUAAUUUGUGAACAAAUUUAUGUGUUAUAUUCAGGCCAGUAUUUUUCCUUGAACAGAAAUUAUAAUAAUUUUUAUUUUAUUUUAUUCUCUAUGCAACAAGUGAAAUGAAGGAAGCAGGUGCUUGUGUUUUUAGUCUGGAAUCAUGUCAGAAAGAAAAUGUUAGGGUGUAUUUUCGCCAUGACAUUUAAAGUGGUGAAUGUUUUGCAGUGUCACCAUGUUUUGGGCUAGUUUUUAUACCUUUUAAGUAUUUGUAAGUGUUCUCGUUUUCACGGCGAUUGUUGCAGUUUUGUUUCUACCGACCCAACGCAGCCAAGCAUGGAUGGAAAUAUAUAAAUUUUUUAAAAUUAUAUUUUAUUGUGUAAAUAUUUACUGCUUUAAAAAUUUCAAUUCAUAGUUUUUUUUUUUUUUUCCUUGUAGUUGCAGAAAUAACAUGUAUUGUGACUUGAUCAUACAUGUUUAAAAAUUCUAUGUUUGUCUCUGGACACAGAAAGCUGAGUGCUGUUUAAGACAUAGCAUGAGCCAAUUAAAAUAAUCUAGAAGAAAUCAUGGUAUUCCAAUGUGAAACUUAAAAAAAAAAAAAUUUAAAAAGAAUGUGUGUCUAACUGUAAAAUAUUGUAUUUAAAGUAGAACUACUAUGUAGCUCCGAGAUGACAAACUGUGCUAUUAUAUCUAGCCAUUUGUUUAUAUUUAAAGAUAAAAUAUUGUUAAUACCAACUUUUUAAAUAUAUUUGUUUUAUAUUUUUAUUAUUAUUUAUUUUUUCAAAAUCUCAUUGCAAUGUACAACUGCAAUAUUGCAUAUAAAUACGUAUUGUUUGGUUUCUUCUGUACAAUGUUGGCUGCAAAGCCUGUUUGAAAAGAGGAUUCUAAAUGGUAUCUUUGGCAUUUCCCAAAGACUAUCAUUUUCGUUCGUUGAAGAAUGGAGUACAGGUGUGCAUUCAGUAGUGUAAAGAACUUGUAUAAAUAAACUUUUUUUUUUUCAAUUAACUAUCAUUGAAACCAUGCCUAAAAUACCCAAGUAGGUCUGGUCAACAUGUACAUCAAUACUUGAACUAUAAACGCAUGUUGAACCAUCGUGAUCCCUGUCAUAGGGCUUGCCAAAAUGUGGAAUAUCCCAAUUGCUGUAAUUUUUUUUAAUCCUGAGAUUAUGUUGUGUAUAUCUGUGUGACUUGUGUGUAUGUACAGUAUACAAAUAUAUAUAUUAUAUAUAUAUAAAUAUAAAUAUUUUUUUCUGCAUGACUGACCAAAGGCAUUGAACUAAGAUUUUUUUUUUUAUUAAGCUGGUUCCAUUAAGCAGUGGGACAUUCUUUUAAAAGUGAAGUGUCGGUGGUUAUCAGACUGUGUUAGUGACAAUGUCCGUAGCUCUCUAUUUUGUGUGAUUCGCAAUGGUUAUUUCAUGAAAUGUUCAUCUGAUCUCCACUAGAUACUUACAUCCACGUUGAAGGAAUGUAAAGUUUCAAAACACGUAUGUGCAGUCUGCAGAUCUGGAGGGUAGCUUGUACAGGAACACCUCUCGUGGAAACAUUACAAAAUGUCACUGCAGCCACCUGGUAUAUGUGAAAUUAGCAAUAGAAAUUGUGUGUAUUAAUAUUUAAUAAAUCAAUUUUUUUUAUUACAACUUUGUUUUUUGCAUAGUGUCUACUUUUGCAUUUUAAUAUUUAUUCUCAUUAUGACAUUACCAAAACAUUUCAGAUAAUGGAAGUGGGCUUCUGUAAAUUGUGCAGCUAUUUUGAACUCUAAUUAAAAUGUUAUGGCAUGAACCAUUUACAAUUAAGUUUUUUUUUCUUUGCGAACAUUUACUAUAUUUUUUAUUGAAAAGUCUGAAAGUCUUUGUAGUGUUUGGCGAUAGCUCAACUUGAAAAGUAUGUUUUCAUGUUCAGCAUGUUCAGCAGGGGUUGAAAGUAAAGUUUAAGAAUGGUUCAAUGUUCAUUGAUAAAACUUGGGCCUCCCCCCCCCCCCCCCUACCUUUUUCUCCUUGUCACCCAACUCAUUAUUUGGACCAGUUAUUCACAAAGAGUUUUAUGUUCAGCCUGUGAAUAAUGCACUAAUUAGAAGUUUGUUCCCAAUAUUCCCAUGCACUUACUGCACGUACUGUUUUAAAAAUGUACGAUUUAAAACGGAAACAAAUUUUAAACCUUGAAAACUGAACUUGGAGCCAAACAAUUAGUUGAAUAAAAAACAAAGUCAUGGUAAAUGCAACAUUAUUAGGUAUGCUAGACUGUGAAGAGAGGUUCAAGGAGUUUUGUUGUUUGCUAUCUUGGAGUGUAAUGCUGACAUGAACCAGAGAACUGGUCACAGUGCUCAGUCAGAAGGUAGCGUGCCUAAAGCCUAGAAUGUCCGAGGGAAUAGGGAGGUUGUAUGUUUUAGCCACAUGUCAUUAUUGAUGCAUGGUGUCUUAGAGUUUGUAGUGUUAGCUGUACAUUAUUGUCCUAUUUAAUCAUUAUGUUUUUACUGUUUAUACCUAUCUAGCUAUACAUAUAUUAUAGUUGGUAUCAAUAUUGAAAACUUUGGAAGUAUAAGUUUUGAAUUUGUUGAGAAAUUCUUAUUAUGAAGAGCUAAAUGAAGUUACAUUUAUUAUGAAGAGCAAACUGAAGAUAUGUGUGCCUGCCGAAUGUUAAUUUAGUUAAUGUGAAAUUAUUUUAUAAUUUAGUGGUCAGAUCAACUAAUUGUAUUCUUUUUUUUAUGAGGAAACAGAUUAACUAAUAUUGAAAUGAUUAAAAUGUUAGCAUGCCCAUCCCAUCAAAUAUAAGAUGUCAUUUAUUUGUGCUCUGGAAUGUAUGGUGACCUUAAUUAUAACUAUUAAGCUGACUUUCAACAUAAGGGAGACAUACAGUUAAAGAGUAUCUCAAAUAUGACAGCAUUAAUUAAAAUGAUUUUUAAACAACUCAUAAUUCAAAAUGACUAAAAAAAAUUAACAGUGGCUAAGCUCUCACAAAAAACAUUUACUGUUCAUUUCAUUCUCUAAUAAUUUCAUAUAUUUUUUUAAAUAUUGGAUCUUUAGAAAGUUACAUCUUAAAUAACAAGGAAAUUUAAUUUUAAAUCUUAACUAAACAUUUUUUUUUUGGGUAGUGAAUAUUGUGUAUUUAAAUUAAAUUACACUUCAUAAUAUGCACAACCUAAAGGUAGGAUGUAUUUUUGUUCUUUUAUUACUUGGGACGAUAGCAAAGUUUUGGCGUGUGUCUCGUAGAACGUUGUGUAAGUCAGCUGGAGCUAGUCGCUACCUGUCACUAGAUAAUGGAACCUCGCCAACAGCCAGUUUCAGAAGCUGCACAGCAGGUACUCUCCCUCCCCUCCCCCUGAUCACCUCUGCUGAUACAACCUUCCCUUCUCUCUCUUUCUGUGGCAUGUGGUUUGUCCCUGUCAUAUAUCAUUGUGGUAGUGUUCUGACAAGCUUCAACUUUUCGUGACACAUCAACCCUUGUGUAUUGCAUUCCUGGGGUUUGAAUGUUAAUGCAGCUUAUGUCCGAGAGUAAAAGUAUUGAACAUAGAAUAUUAAUUUUAAGGAUAUUUUAGGGUUUUAACCCAUCUGUAUAAUAUGUACGUGCAUUCACUUAUGUAGCUAUUGCUAAAAACAACUGAGGUGUAUGAGUUUCAUAUAGUAGCUAAGGCAUAUAUUUUUUUAACAGGUGUAAUUUGCCAUACUCUCACUGCAUGCAAUAUUAUGAAAGGUUUUUUUUUUAGUAAGGAGGAACACAAAUAGUAGGCUCUAUUCUUUUGGGUUUUCACCGCCUAAUUGGUUUUCAGUUGACAAUUAGUGCCCUGAAGAUUGUGUUUGUACUGUGCACCGAAAUAGAGGUCUGCAGCCUUCUGACAUUGGUCGUGAAAGUCUGUGAUUGAGAAAUGUAGAUCCACGUGUACUUAAAAGGUUUUGUCAUUUUUAUCUCUAUAGAGUCUAUACUAAAGAGUUGGCAUAAGCUGUUAGCUUGAGAGUCAGGGGUCCUGGGUUCUGGACUGGCUGUUGUGUUGCGCCUCCAACUAUAUACUGCAGAAGGUGGUGGUGAGCCAUUGCUGCAUCACCUUGCCUAGUCUGCUGUGGCCAGUCUACGCGACCAUGGCUGGGAUUCAAGCCAGCCUCCGGGUUACUCGCCCAAUCAUCCAUCAUCAUCGAGGAUUUAUUGCCGUGCAGUGUUCUGCUUUCUUAUUUUUAUUUUAGGAGACAAGUGUCAGUUUCCACCUCCCGCCAGGGAUCUGAUACAUGUUCCUUGGUUCACACAGCGGUCCAGUGUGUCAGGUCGCCUCGACUCGCUCGGCCUCGCAGCAUGAGCUGUGGGUGAUGAAGUUCCUCUGGCGUGUCAGCAUAGCUGGUGUGAUCCUUGAGCCCACUUUUCCAAAAACUGUUUCACAAUCUGCAAGUCAAGUCAAAAUUGAGCUAUUGUUGUCUCUUAUGAAAAAAGUAAAUUAGCCAAUUAAUGAACUCAACAAGUAAAAAUGAAGUGACAUAUAGUUUCUAUGAGCAAUUUCAUGAUUGUUUCAUAAAGUUUUAUGCUGUUCAUAUAGGCUUGUGACAUGGAGUGGUUUGCGUUUUCUAAAUUUAGGUACAUUUUAAAGAUAAGAAUCUUUCCUUUCCAAAAGAGCUGGAAGUCCAUAUUUGUAGGAAAACCGAAGAGUUUCUGUCCUGUUUUAUUAAGUCUUACCAUCACCGGUUUUCUUUAAAGUUUCAACUUCUGACUUGUUCUGGCACAUAAUUAAAUCAUUUGACAAGGUGAAAAAAGGCAUUUUCAGUUUGUAUUAUUAUUCUGCAAGUUAUUCUUUUAAGUGUUAAAUAUAUUGAAAAUAAUCUGUAUAAAGUAUUUAAUGCUGUAGUAUUGCUGUAGUGCAUCAAAUUAACCUGUAUUAACAUGACUGAAUGAAUAAUUAAUGACCAAUUUUCUUCUAGCAGAGAUAUGGCGAGUUUUUAGUGGCAUGGUAUGUUAAACAAAACUGCUGGCAAUUAACAGAUGUCCCAUUUCUUAUUAUUCUGGUGACCUAUGUUUUGUAUUAGUUGAUUUCCUAAUACUGUAGCUUUAACAUAUUUGUCAUAAAAAACACGGUUAUCUGAGGACCAUUUUUAUGUAAGUACUUCCUUUUCAAUAAAAGAUACUGACAUGUAUGAAUCCUACUGUUAGUAAAUGAACACAUCUCAAAUAUUUGUACAGUUUGUUGAUUAUGAUAAAAAGUAUGUAGAGAAAUUGUAUGAAAACCAAGUUGCUACUUCACACAUUAUCCUGUACAAAUAUAUGAUGAACAAUGCUUGGGCGAUUGCUUGUAUAAUGACCUUGAUUUUAAUAAAAACUUGUCAUGUGAGUUGGUAAUAAAUGCAGAUAAAACACGA